AUGGCGUUUACAAAGAACAAGCAGUUCUUGCACUAUCCGAAGGAUCAUGGUGCCUUCGGUCCUUUCGUACCAGCACUGUCUACACCGUUGUGUGACUGUGGGUUACUGGCCUUUGUGAGCCAGUCAAGGCAUCCGGAGUUAGCUGGGCGUGCUUUCUACGUGUGUCAACUUAAGCGCCCCCCCAGACUUGAUUCAUAUCUACAGGGAUGCAACUUCUUUAGGUGGAUCGAUGGCCAUGAGAUGUUUGAUCCGUUGAUUAGGUUGUUUCCUUAUGACCCAUGGAAGAGCUGGACGUAUCCUAAGUUUGUUCGUUGGGUUGCGCCGCCACCAAACCCUCCGAAAAUGACAGAGGGAGAGAAGAGAGGGUUCCCAUCUUGUGACUUUGAGGAGUACAACUAUGAACCCAAAUCGCACUGGCCUUCUGAGUAUUAA